AUGUAUCGAUUAUCAUUUUUUCCUAGCAACUUGAUAUCCAUACAUCCCAGUUCCUUCACCUCACAUAGAUCUUCGUCCCUGACCACUGUCCGAAACGGGUGGUUCCUUAACCUAUCCUCUGUGUCCAUUCCAAUAGACAUACAGUGCUUCCUACAACUAGGUGAGAACUUCGCUCUUCCACUAAACGAUAAACGCAAGAUUAUUUUCGAUUGCAUUAAGAGUGUGGAAACUGGUGUGCAUCGCAUGCCGAUCGAAAAUAGGAUCGCAAUCACCAACCACUCCAUUCCAAUUCUCAACGGCAUCAUUUCCUCUCCAAUCACAACAUCUCCAAUUGAUAAAUUAUUGCUAAGAAUGGAAUCGAAGACACGCGCCUUUUUGUCGGAGCAUAACAAUGUCCUUUUCACACAUGCAGAUAAGGGCAAUGUCACAGUCGCUUUAGACAGAGAGGUCUAUUUGGAAAAGAUGAUCACUCUGCUGAAUGACAAGAACACAUACUGUCUUAUCAAUAAAGAUCCCAUCAGGAAAAUCACGACAGCGAUAAGGUCCAUGCUCACCAGAUGGAAGACGAAGAAAUAUAUUAGCGAAACAAAAUAUAAGACGUUAUAUUGUAGUGACGGAUCACUUCCGAGAGCUUAUGGUGUGCCGAAAAUACAUAAACCUUGUUGCCCUUUGAGGGUCAUUGUCUCUUCGUUGGGCAGUCCGCUCUAUCCACUGGCGACAUUCUUACACAAUAUAUUAAUUAAAUCCAUUCCUAAAGCAAAGAGUCAUAUAAAAAAUAGUUUCGAACUUGUUGAGAAACUAAAAAGAUUACACACUACAGACCAAUAUAAAUUAAUCUCACUGGACGUAAAAUCUUUGUUCACGAAUGUUCCGGUGGAUAUAGCCAUAGACUGCAUCAAUGAACAUUGGACGUAUGUUGCCGGAGACUGUCCUCUACCUAGGGAGGAGUUUGUGGGGGCAAUAAGGUUCAUUCUUGAUUCUACAUUUUUUUCGUUUAACAACAAUUUUUAUAAACAGAGUUACGGCACUCCUAUGGGGUCCCCCUUAUCACCUGUAAUAGCGGACUUGACAGGCAGAAAAUUAAAGACAAGGAUUGCAGAACAUCGCAAUCACAUUAAACACAACACGUCGGCACGAUCGGUAAUAACGGAGCAUAGGAGACAACUCGACCACGAAUUUAAAUGGGAUGAGGUCGAAAUCUUAGAUGAAGAGCCCAGCUAUCGGAGACGUUUAGUUUCAGAGAUGAUUAACAUCAGGAAACAAAAGAAUGGUAUCAAUUUGCAGACGGAUACCGAUGGCCUCCACAAAGCGGUACAUAAGGACCCUUUACUGCGUGACAAGAAGUCGAAUGUUGUUUAUAAGAUCUCGUGUAAGAGUUGUGAUGUAAGUUAUGUGGGACAGAUGUGUAGACAGCUGAAGUCAAGAAUCACGGAGCAUAAGAAUCACAUCAGAUGGAACAUCUCUAUUCGUAAUGUCAUAACGAAGCAUCGGUUACAAAAAGGCUAUGAUUUCGAUUGGUACAACGUUAUAAUACUGGACGAGGAGUUUCACUACAAGAAGAGAUUGAUUUCGGAGAAGAUAUUCAGAAAACAAACGCGAAGACUCAAUUUGCAGACGGAUAUGGAGAGGCUUUCCAAGGCCUACCUACCGAUCAUAGACAAGCUAUAA